CUCACCGAGUUCACACGACCGACCAUAACACAUAAAAAUCAUCUGUUCCGUGCCGAAAUAUAGGAAAUAAUCGCGUAAACGAGGAUAAUGACGCAAGUAGGUGGGGCCGCUCCGAAGACGCCCCUCUAGCUUUUUUUUUCUCGACGUCUGGGCGGCGCGAAGAGAACGCCUCACGUCCCACGCGCGCAACGCACCGACAUGCGCGACCGAACACGGGCGCUAUACAAACCGACGGCAACGCGCCGACGGUACACCGACUAAAUACGUAAACAAACAAUAAAAUGCGAAUAAAAAACACGCGACAAACAUACACUAAAUAUAAAAAAAACGACGCGGGAUCCCCUAGUUCCAACGACAUACAAAUAUCAACGAAGUUCAUACAAAAAGUUGUAAAACUCACGUUCUAAAUUCCAGUUUGGACCAAACAAUAACAUUUGGACUCGUUUUCGGACAUGUUUUGACGUUCAGUGACAGAAACAAACUAGUGCGUUGUGUCAAUUUUCGCGGUAAAAGUGACAAGUUGUAACGAUGAGCCCGCGAAAAGAGGACCUAGUGUUGCCAACAUGAAAAAGCUUCGUGUUUUUAUUGGGAAUAACAGAAUGCAAAGGACAGUUCAUGCAGCGAUACUUUUCUUAUUGGUAUUUUUGUUGAAUAUAGCGAGUUCCCGAGACAACAUGCUACCAACACAUGUGAAGCUGAGCUCGGCGCUCACCUGUCGCCUCGUGGGAGGCUUGACCAGAGAACAAAGAUCCGUCUGCCACGAAGCACCCGAUACAGUCGCCAUAGCCUUCGAGGGUCUACAAUUAGCGGUCAAGGAAUGCCAGCAUCAGUUCCGUUGGCACAGGUGGAACUGUUCUAGCCUUAUGACCAAGAGCAGUAAUCCUCAUAGUAGCUCUAUUAUGAAAAGAGGUUUUCGCGAAACGUCUUUCCUCUACGCACUAACAGCUGCCGGAGUGGCGCACUCUAUAGCCCGCGCCUGCGCACAAGGGCGCCUAAUAUCUUGCGGCUGCGAUCCUUUAGGAUACCGGGCCUCGCAUGACCCCCGCGGUAGAGCGAAGGUUAACAAAUGGGAAUGGAGUGGGUGCUCACAUAACCUGGCUUAUGGCAUCGAGUUCUCCAAGAAGUUCCUCGAUGUACGAGAGCAGGUGGACGACUUGCAGUCCAAGAUCAAUGUCCAUAAUAAUAAUGCUGGGAGAUCGAUUCUGUCGUCCCAUAUGGAGGUGCGAUGCAAAUGCCAUGGGUUGUCAGGCAGUUGUCAGCUUAGGACAUGCUGGAGAGCUACGCCUGACUUCAGAGCUGUAGCAUCUACCAUCAAAAGACAAUAUAGAAAGGCUCUAAUGGUAGCUCAAGAGGAGUUAAAUAAUAGUCCCUCUGUGCUGAGAGGUAGACCCAGAGGCAGGAGGCGAGGGAAGGCGCGACCUGCUCCGAAGACCAGCCUGCUGUUCUUUGAGAGAUCACCAAGUUUCUGCGACGUGGACCCUCGAACGGAUUCAGCUGGCACGUCAGGCCGGGUCUGUCGCAUCGGACGGACGACAAGAACAGGAUCGUGUGAUCUACUCUGCUGUGGACGAGGCCAUGCCUUGAUCAGGAAGUCUAGUAUAAAACCCUGUAAUUGCACCUUCCACUGGUGCUGCAGAGUCGACUGCGAACGAUGUCGUGAUGACAAAUGGAUUGCCAUUUGUAAGUAGUGUUGUUGAAAUGGUCCAAUGAGGACAUUUCUUUGGAGACCACGUGGACUAAAUGGUCCAAUGGGGUGUUGUUUUUGUAGUAAGCGAACGCGGGAAUGGAGAGUAAGGAAAUUGGUGACCGUAACUUCUUCCAUGACAUUGAAUUCAAUGUGUUUUUGGUAAGUUCAAGAUACGGAAAGUGUAGGUAUGUAGAUUCAUCUGGGUGUAAGAGACCUUCCAAUAAUUUUCGAAGAUUUUCAUCCUUAUUACAAAACAAUAAGAUUGGAAAUCCUAUGUUACCCACACGUUUUCCACACCGCCUUCGCUUACAUAUCACAUAAAAGAUAUUCUGACUUAUUUAAACGUCUAAACAUUCCACAAUAUAAUACAUGACUUCUAGAUUUCCAUGAAAUAAACUGUAAAGUAGUAUGUAUAGGUACCUACUAGACAUAAAAAUCAUUCCUUUAUGUACUUACAUUCCUUUAGUAAAUAACUUGUAUAUUUAUUGCAAAUAUGAAUUACCAAAUACACGAUAUUGUUUUAAUUAUUUAACCACACAGUUCAUUUUAAAUACUUUAGAAGUUCUACUUAUAAAUUGUAAGCAAGUAUAAGAAAUGUGUACUUAUAAUAAAUCACAUUUAAUAUUUAUCACAACGAAUAUAAUAUUCACAAGAUGUGUCGGGAUUAGGAAAUGUAUAAAAAAUAUUCCAAUGUUAGUUUUAAGUUGUUAAUAAAAUCAGUAUUAUUCUAUAGACAAUCUUAAACACUAAUUUAUAUAUCGGAGUUUUAAAUAUAACACACGUAACAAGCACCGCUCCAACCCAGC